GACGCGUUUGCUGCUCGGCGACGCCGCUCCCAGACCCGGCUUCGGAACUAAUCCUUCGCGGGAUCGAAUUGGCUGUUCGGCAGUCAUACGCACCGCGGCCCGCUAGCGGUCAGACGAAUCAGGGCCCUACCCGGCCGCCGUAGCCACCUCUCUGUAGUGGGCGGGGCCGAGGCCGGGGUCACCCCGCCGGAGCCACCUCUGCCAGCAACAUGUUCAAGUGGGUUGCCUGGGCAGUUCUGCUGGCAUCUCCCAGUGGCUGAAUUCAGCUGGUGCUUGGACUAUAAGUUGGCCUUACUGUCAUGUAUGGGAGCUUGGUGCCCCUCAUUGUGCCUACCUUGGGCUUCCUCACAUGGUCACUGGGUUCCAAGAGGGUAAUCCAGAGGGCUGUGGGGCCGGCCAGCCUGAGUCUGCUAACCUUCAAAGUCUAUGCGUCACCUAAAAAGGACUCACCUCACAAAGCUUCUGUGAAGGUUAAUGAGCUUUCACUCUACUCCGUUCCCGAGGGUCAGUCUAAAUAUGUGGAAGAGCCAAGGACCCCACUUGAGGAAAGCAUUUCACAUCUCCGACAUUAUUGCGAGCCGUAUACAAGUUGGUGUCAGGAAACGUACUCCCAAACUAAGCCCAAGAUGCAGAGCUUGGUUCAAUGGGGGUUAGGCAGCUAUGACUAUCUCCAAAAUGCACCUCCUGGAUUUUUUCCAAGACUUGGUGUUAUCGGUUUUGCUGGCAUUGUUGGACUUCUUUUGGCUAGAGGCUCAAAAAUAAAGAAGCUGGUAUAUCCGCCUGGAUUCAUGGGACUUGCUGCUUCUCUUUAUUACCCACAACAAGCCAUCGUGUUUGUCCAGUCUGCUCAGGGUUCCCUCACAAAAUACCUCAGAUGGAGUGGCUUGAACAACAGAGAUUUAUUUCCAUGCUCUUCCGGAGGCUGGAAGUCCACAUCACGGUGCCGGAAGGGUUGGUUUCUCCUAGGACCUCUCUCCUUGUCUUGCAGAUGGCCACCUUCUCAUGGUGCGUGGACAUCCCUCGUGUCUCACCCUCGUCUUCUAAUGACACCAGUCGUUUUGGAUUAGAGCCCCACUCUCAUUACCUCAUUUAACCUCGGUCACUCCUUUAAAGGCUCUGUCUCCAAAUGGAGUCACACUGUGGGUUAGGACUUCAGCAUGUGAAUUUUGAGAGACACAAUUCAGUCCCUAACAGCUAGACCAGCUGUUUAUAAAGCGCGGUCCCUAGACCAGCAACAUCAGGAUCCCCUGGCUUGUUAGAAAUGCACGUUCUCAGGCCCCAAGCCAGACUGACUGACUCAACAUUCUGAAGAUGAGGGCCAGUGAUCUGGGUUUUAGCAAGCUCCCCGGGGGGUUUGAGGGUCCUUGAUGUUUGAGAACCUCUGAGAGAGCCUAGACUUCCUCAGGGCAGUGGGUUCUGGAUUUAGGGGAACUCUAGACAUCGAAUGCCUUGGAAAC